GUGCCGGGAGGGGGGCUCACUCUUGAUGAGACUGAAUCGGGAUGGCAGCCAGGCUCUCGUUCUCGCAGUACCGGCUGGAGGCGGAGAUCGAGCGAUACCGUGCCGGCUGUCAGUGGGAUAAGAUCCCCGCGCUUGUGGAACAGCUGGUUUCAACUCGAAUACACGAAAAUGAUGACUACGGCGACCUGCUACUGGCAGAAUCCCUGCUGGAAGAGUGUCUACUGGAGAACAUGGCCCUCCUACGCAGCUCCACACCUCUGAUGGACGACAGCCUGCCCAAGCUGGCCACGGCCAAGUCUCACCUCAACAAAAUCCUGAAUAGGGGUCGUCUGGAGCCCAGGUACCUGAAUGAGGCCCUACUCCUGAUGGCCAAGGUGCACUACGCUCAGGGCCGUUACCGUGACGCCCAAGGCAUGUGCGCCAAGGCAGUGAUAGAUCACUUGACACAGGAUGAGCAGCCCGUCUACCACCUGCGGCUGCUGGCUGAAGCCUUCGUCAUCAAAGGCCUCUCCCUUGACCGCCAGGCUUUGUCGUCGGCCUCCCGAGUGCGCCUGUCUGAACGAGAGGAUGAAUGUCUGUCCUGCUAUCUGCGGGCCUGUGACGCCGCACUGCUGUAUCUGCAGGAGCUGGACAAGCUGAUGGUAGUUGGCCAGCCUGGCAAGGGCACGAAGUACCACAUUUCCUCGGGCUACCUGGAGUUUGAUCUGAGCUUCUUCCAGCAGGCGGCGCUACAGAGUGCCUACCUGUCACUGUUGCAUAAAGGUCACCUGGCCAAAGGGACCCAGCAGCUGCGCAGGGUGCUGAGGACGGUCGAUUCCAGGAGCUCCCAGAGCUUCAGAAAGGCAGCCGCGAGAAGACUGGCUGAGGUUCUUCUCAGUUCCAUCAGUGAGGAUGCCUACUGGGACCCCCUGUCACCCCCACCAGAGGACUGGCUGCAAAGAGAGGGGCCCAUCUCCUCCAAAGAAGCCCUCCUCCCCACCUCCAGACUACCUGAGUAUUACAGCAAGGACGGCAGUGUCUUCUGCCCCCGGGACGUGGUGGAGGAAGCCGUGUUGCUGCUGCUGACCACAGAGUCCAUGGCCAGUGGAGAUGCCGUCAUCAGCCUUACGACCGAUCAGAAGGGGGCCCAGGAGGCCAGCCUGCAAGAUGCCACCUCCCUCUAUGACAUGCUGACCAUCGGCUUGGCCAGGAGGGGGCAGUAUGCCUUGCUCUCUCAGCGUCUGGAGGGAGCCAUGAAAUUCUCCUUUAACGAGUUUCACCUCUGCUACCAACUGGGCCUCUCUUUCAUGGCCAGCGGCAAGGCAGCCAGCGCCGUCUCCGUGCUGAAGGAAUGCACCCAGAUGCAACCCGAUGACCCCACACUGCCCCUCCUGGCGGCCAAAAUAUGCAUCAACCAGCUGCGCUGGCUGGAACAGGGUGAGGCCUUGGCGCAGAGUGUUGUUGCCAUGGGAGAUGAAGCCGGGGACUUCCUGCCUAGGGCACACCUGGCCAUCGGGCUCUGCUACAGCCUGCGGGCUACAGAAGCUACUCUGAAGGUCACACAGGAUGACUUCAACAGACGGGCGCUGGAGUCUCUGCAAAGGGCCCAUUUGCUGGAUCCGGACGACCCCCAGAUCGCCCUCUACCUUGCCUUGCAGCUUGCGCUCGUCCGGCAGGUUACGGCGGCCAUGGUUCCCCUGGAGAUGGUGCUGUCGCUGUGGCCAGAUAACCUCAGCUGCCUGCACCUUCUAGUUCUGGUCUUAAGUGCACAGAAACAGUACCAGCCUGCCAUGGAGACCCUGACUGUCGCCCUCACUCAGCACCCGGACAAUUUCAGCCUGCUGUUCACCAAAGUGAAGCUAGAGGAGGUGCUUCUGGGACCAGAGGCUGCCCUUCGGACCUGUGAGGACAUGCUUCAGCUAUGGCAGAGUCGCUAUGAAGGGGUUCGUUCUGGGGAUGCUGAAGAGGGCAGCAAUGACUCCGACCCAGUGACCCUGAGCCGGAUGCCCAGUGGGACCCAUCUGACCCUUCCCGACUUCCAGGAUGUUGAGACCGGUUCCCAGAGCGCUGCUUCCGUUGCAGCAUCCCGCCUCGAGCAGGCCUGGUCAGAGGUGUCCGGCAACAGCUCCUCCCACCGGCAAGGUCCCGCCCACAUCUGGUUGACCCUGGAGCGCAUCUGGCUGCAAGCAGGAGAGCUCUUCAUGGCCGAGCGGCGGGAGAAGGAGGCGCAGUUCUGUGCCCAGGAGGCGUCGGCGGUGUCCCCAGCCUCCCACGCUGUGCUCCUGCUGCGGGGUCGCCUUGCCGAGCUGAGGGGCUGUGACGGCGAGGCCAAGACGCUGUACGAUGAGGCACUGACCAUCCACCCCCAGGGACACCGGAUCCUCAUGCACCUGGGGCAGCUGCUGAUGCGAACAGGCCGCCGGGGCCUCGGGGAGAAGAUGCUCCGGGACGCAGUGCAGGCACAGAGCACGGCCCACGAGGCCUGGAGCUGCCUGGGGGAGGCACUGCAGCGGCAGGGCAGUGCGCAGGCAGCCGACUGCUUCCUGACCGCCUUGGAACUGGAGGCCAGCUGUCCCAUCAGGCCAUUCAGCAUCAUAGCACGUGAGCUGUGAUUGGCUCGCCCUUUAGCACGUGAGCUGUGAUUGGCUCACCCUUCCCUGGACCACUUUUGGACUCUGUAACCACUGUUUUACCUGCAGUUCUGUAGUGAUUUGAAUUAGUAUCCCAUUUGGGUCCAGGUUGGUGUGUUUAAAAGGACCCUUUCUCCCAGUUUCUCCCCUUCCUCAGGGCUUUUCUCGGAGAUUUUCACCAGCCUUACGACGCGCAACGUGGCAGCGCUCCACACAACCCCACCCCUGGUCACAAUGUGCACACCCCCGUAGAUUCUUGUUUGGUCGCACGCGAAGCAGUUGCUCGUUCUCAGGGAAAACAGUCAUACUGACUGUAGCAUUUUUUUCCCGAAUCAGAAUUGUGACAUAAAUGUAUUGUUCCUUCACGUGUCGAUCCAGCUUGAUAUUUUUGUAUCUUCUUUUUCCAUAAACAGUGUUUGAGUGCUUAAUCCUCCCCUGUGCUUGCUUUUCUUUCUCCACCUUUGUAAGCGCUGGCUUCGGGGUGAUGGUGCAGAGCUUUACAGGCAAACAAACUCAAUUAGCCAAACAGCUUCAAGCUUGUACCGGUUUCUCCCCCUUUUCACCCGAACCCUGUGUUACAAAACACAGCUGAUGUUCUCUCUUGCGUUCGGGUAACAGGAGUAGUGUUUGAGUUCUGUGUUUGAGGAUAAUUAGUUUGCUCUGCAUCCUCUGCCGGCGGUUACUCUUUCUCGAGAGGUGGGUGGAGUCGCGGUGUACAGGCAGCGAAGAGGGAUGCUGUUUAGCAUGUGACCUUAAUACUUAAUGCAUACGGAGACCUGAACGUCCCAUUGAAUGCCCCUGUUGUUUUUCCUACUUCUGAAAGAGUAUUUUUCAAUAAAAAUAGAUUUUUAUAAGAA